AUGAAAGUCUCACUCUUCAUUGCAGCUGCUCUCUCCGCCCAUGCUCUCGCAAAUCCCGUCACGUCAGAUGGCUCUAGCCUCGAACGCCGUGCGUAUGGCCUCUGGAUAGAUGUUUUCACCGAUGGGUGGUGUAACUCUGGGAAAGCAGCACAGCCCAUAAGUGGCUGGGCGUGGGAUGGACAAUGCAAAAACUUGAAACCUGGUAUCUAUGGGGCUCAAUUCGGAGAUUUUACUAAAGGGGCAUGGGAGAAUUGCAAGGUGAAGUUUUGGCAAAAUCAAAACUGUCACGGCCUUGCAACAGUCUUUCAUCCAAACGAACAUAUUCGUCCUUGCGGCAAAGUUGAUGGGUAUGGCAGCUUUAAAUGUACCUAUGAUUGCAUGGCGGUUGCGAACGAUGGGAAUGGCAACUUUCACAUCCCCGGUGGUGCAGCAAGUGUACAGAUUACCUGCUAG